UAUCGUUUACGUACAGUUUACUAUCAGCUGUUUAGAUUGUUGUGUACUUGCGCAUCGUCGAGAUAACUGGUAUUUACUAAUCGUAAAAAGUGCGUAAAUUUCAUUUCACGUUUACCAUGAGAAGUUGUUGCUGUAGUUAACACGUGUAUCCGAGUCGAGGCAGUUAGCGUCGAGUGUAUUGUCGUGAAAAUACUUCAGUUAAAAGCGAUUUUGUUCGUUUGAGGUUAGAUUUCCCAAGUGGUGUUGGAGAAGAGCGUUCAUACAUUCUCUACCAAUAAAGACAACAGAAAUUCAUCGAAAAAUUGUCAAACAUGGCGGAUUAUUGGAAAUCCCAAGGUCGGAAGUUUUGCGAUUUCUGCAAAUGUUGGAUCGCCGACAACAAACCGAGUAUCGACUUUCACGAAGGUGGCAAGAAGCACAAAGACAAUGUCAGCAAACGACUCAAAGAGAUACAUAAAAACAGCGCGAAGCAAGCGAAACAAAAUAAAAAGAUGGAGGAUGACAUUAAAAAGAUGGAAAGCGCAGCAAUGGCUGCAUACCUGAAAGACGUCGAAAACAACACCAGAGACAUGACCGCCGACAGAAUCAUCGAAGAAAAAAGGAACAGAAUCGAGAUGAAAGACACGUCGAGUGCGCGCAACUGCGUGCCAAUGAUUGCCCCAGAGACGACUGCUGGACUCAAACGCAAAACUCAACAGCUUCCUCAUGAAAUUGACCCGUGCGAUCCAACUUUAUCUAGAAGUAGCAGAGGACAGUGCCAGCAGCCGAGAAUUCAACCGAAAGCCGAAAACAAGGCUCAGGGGAAGAGUAAAGGGGGCAAGGGCAAGGGGAAAGGAAGGAAACCGCAAGAAGAAGAUCGCCCCGCGAAACCGGUGAGGAAGCUUUGGUACGAGGCGCGAAGUCCGGAAGGAUACACCUAUUAUUGGCACAUCGAAACCAACGAGUCCGUAUGGGAUCCACCCGAGGAGGGGUACAUGACGUUCAGCGAACAAGAGGAGGAAGCGAAGGAGCAAACUCUUCAGGAACAAUUACUGCAACAGUUGGAAGAGGAAGAAGCGAUCGCGAACGCGGAUAUCAUCGAGGAGAAGCGGGCGAACGCCGAACGAGAGAAAUGGAAAGAAAUGAGGAAACUGAGCGAUUCGGUUCAACGACCGGGGAACGAGCGGCUCGACGAACCAACCGAAACUAGUAAACACGAGGAAGAACAUCGGACGUACAGAAGGGACUACACGAUCGAACCGUGCGAGAAACCGCAUCCUUACGGUCCUUGGCAAACCGUUCGAACCAUUGAAACGACACCGGUAGACUUACAAUUACCCCAGCAGAAGCUAAGCGCGCCAUUGGUCACCUUCGAAAAAGCAGAACUACCUCCUGCGCAGAAAACGUUCAAGGAGAAGACAAUCACGCGAAUCGAGACGGGUGACAGCGACGACGAACGUGAGCCAACUGGGUUCAAAAAACGAAAAAUUGGCAACAAAAAUGUACGAAAACGAUUAAACGAUGACUGAUAGUUGUAACAGUACCGAUUCUAUUUCGUCCCGUUUAUCCUAUUUAGAAGUCGGACGAACAUUGAAUGUUCUGUAACAUUCAAGUCUGUACAUGUACAUACGAUAACUCGAAGCAGGAUGAUAAUGUUUUCGAGUAGCCGAUCCUUUUCUAUCGCGGC